AUGGGUCCAUCUCUUCGUGAUCACGCUUCUUUUGUCCGGCCAUCCACCCGGGAUCGGCCCACGACUCGCGGCGAGGGGGAAAAUUCGCUGGUCGUCCCCAGUCGCACGUCGUCGCUGCACUCCCGCAUCACCCAACCCAUCCCGUCCACCCUCAAUCUCAAGCCCGCUCAGCGGACCCCGAAAACUCUCACCCAUGCUUACAUGGUCUGUGGUGUUGGGCGAGAGCCUUCACAAUGGGUCAAGGCUCCGCCCCCGGCCCAGGGCAAGAUUGGCCAUAUGAAGGGUGCGGUCGGCCAAUUCUGGCUGCCCGAGAUACUGGGAAGCAGCCCUCGGUUAGAGCAGGACAACGAGAUUGCCCGAGCCCUGCACUCAGCCAUGAGAGCAUGCUUCCCCCACGACGUGGAGAUUUGCACUGGCAAGAGCCAGCCUCACUGUGCACACCACGCAUUCGUGUUGCAGCAGGACUCUUCUCACACCUUGUACGGAAUCGCGCUGCGCGUUUGGUCCCGUGCCGACGAGAAGCGUGCGGAGACCAUCCGCGAGCUGCGCAAGAAGACGGAGCCGGACUUCUACGACAACCCCGAUGAGACCUACUGGAUCCCCUACUGCCUCAGUUUCCUUUCCCGGUACCCCCUCUACGACCUACUGGGUGACUAUCUCCGUGGCAUGUGGAUCCACUGGAACAAGGCCACCAACCUGUUCCACGCAGAGGAAGUUUCGCGGAUUCUGAGCUUCCCGGCACCGCGUCUCAAUGACUUGGUCCGCAUCGACAUGAAGGACUACGCCCUCUGCUACCAAUUCCCCUCAUCGCCGACCGGCUUCCAGAAUUUCUCCAUGUGGCCAUUGUUCACUUGCUUGUCGAUCCCAAAUAUUGUGGGCGUGGUUGAGGCGGCUGUGUCGCCAACUCGCCGUAUCAUUUUCGUCAGCCACUACCCGGCCAUGCUGACCGUGGCCGCCGAAACGAUCCGCUACUGCGUUCGCGUCUACGAAUGGAGUGGUCUGUAUGUGCCUGUUGUGCACGCCCGACACGUCAAGGAGCUUGUGCAGGAACCCGGCCCUUACAUCCUGGGUGUGACGGCCGAGUGCCGGACCCUGUUCAACGCCCCCACCGAUGCACUGGUGGUGGAUCUGGACCGCAACUUCGUUUUGACCUCGAGCCCGCCCAACGUUCUGUCCCAGGGUCAACGCACCAAGUUCAUUAACCGUUUGACCCAGUCCUUGAAUGGCGAUGUCUCGCCCUCGGGUGUGCCCACGCACCUUCGCUCGGCUUACGCUGGCGGCAAGCUGAUCCCGGCUGGCCAGAUCAUUGUCAUGCGAGGUGAGGUGGAGAGUAUCCAGCACCCUACGUGGUGGAACCAGGACUCGGUGAUGGGUGUCAUGGACCAUGUGUGCGAAAAGCUGGGCCGCAACACCGGUGUUAAGGCCAUCUUCGGUGGUUCCGUCAAAAAGCCAUUGAUGACCAAGGUCUCGAUGCGUCAUCUCAACGAGAUCGUCCGCGAGCGCAAUCAAUACUCGCGCGAUGCCAUGGAGGCCUGGCAGGACUUUAUCAACCUCAAGGGCCGCAUGGACACCGAGCUCAGCAAGGUCACCAAGCGCAACAACUUCCUGGUCGAGGAGCUCGAGACCUGGAAGCAGCAGUUUCUCAAGUUCCAGGCGUUUGCUGAGCAACUCACCAAGGAAACUUCGGAGCUCAAGGUCAAGAUUGAGAACCACAAGCGGGAGAACCGCCGUCUCACCGGUCUCAUCGACCAGCAGAAGGACGACGUGGCCCGUCUUACUCUGCGCCUGUCUGGCACUGAGAAGCAGCGCGACGAUGCCCUCGAGGCUCUCGUCCUGCAGCAGGAGAUCGCAGAGGAGCUGGAGCGGGAGCGCAAGCGCAACCAGAAGGAGAUUUCUGCCCUCCAGCACACUAACGCGACGCUUGCUGGCCAGCGAGAUGAGACCCAGCGUGUGGUGUUGCACCUGCGGAGCCUCAUCAAUGGCCAAAGUCACCACAUGGAGCACAUUGUUCGCUCCAUCGGUAGCUCGUCGGAGAUUGCUGAAAUCGUUGAACAGGGCUACGAGAAUGUCCCCGAGGAGUCUCGCGAGACUGGUGUGGAAGCUUCGAAGGAGUUGAGCAAGGAGACCAGUUCCAGCAAGUCUUUGGUAAAUGACAUGAACCCCGAGCUGGAGCAGCAUUUGCUGAACCUCGGCAAGGAUCGCAAGAACCUUGCUCGUCUGAGCAUCACCGAUGUUGCGGACCGCUAUCUGCAGGACAAGACCGAUGCUAUCGCGGACAUCAUCCGCAGCAUCAGCGAGCAGUGCGCUGCUGCCGUCGAGGGCCUCCACCUGGCCCAAGACGCCGAGGACGAGGAGUCUGAGGCCUCGUCCAAGUCUCGUGCCGACGGCGACCGUCUCGGCUCGGACUAUGAGGGCCCGGAGGGCCGCUCGACCCGCGCCACUAGCGAGAUGAGCGAGUCCGACAACAACUCGCUGCACCCGGACAACCGGGGCUCGAGCCUCCCGCCUACACCGGAUCUGGUGCACAACCGCUCCAGCACAUCUAUGUCCAUGGUCAGCAACUCGACCUUCCCGGAGCGGACGAGCCAGCAGUACGCCCCCAGCGAAAUCCCGACCCGCAUCGUGGAGCACGACGACGAGCACUCCCACGAGACCGAGGGUCUGGACGACCAGCGGACUGAGACGGGCACUCUGUCCAAGCAGGCCAGCGAGGAUCUCAUGCGGCCCACUACCGCGCUUGUGAUCUCGUAG